AUGUCGCCACAGACUCAUACCGUCGACAUAGCCAUGGUAGAGCCAGGGCCCGAACACUCUCUUUUCGAUGAAGCCCUUGAGGCUAUUCAGCAUACCCUUUCGGAAGAGCACCGGAGGAACUUCCGCCAUCAUGCCGACGUUUCCACUUUGCUGGACGACAUGCGGACUAUCUGCGACGCCAAUGUGAAAGAGCAUAGGAGACUGCUGGCAUGCUGCAAGAAGAUGACAUUCUUCGCGCGAACGUUCGCCCCGUACUUUGAGCUCCUUAGCAUCUGCGUCCAGGUCAAGCCCGACUGGCUUGGCUGGCUCUGGGGGUGCAUCCGACUAGUCUUCAAAGUCGGGAGCAACUACGCCGUCUUCCUCGAGAAGAUCGCCGACAUGUUCGAGAGCAUUGCGCACACGCUGCCGCAGUACCAGCAGCUCCAUGAGUCCUGCAAGCACCAGCUGCACUUUCAGAGCCAGAGUCAAGACGCACGGCUUGCGGCGCUGAUGUCUUAUGUGUAUGCAGACAUGAUCCAAUUCUGCCUGGAUCUGUACCGCAUGCUCUCGAGAGGCCACCACGGGGUUGGACUGCGACAUCUUCGCCUCUCGUCACCUACAAUACUUUGGCGCCCGCUCGACUCGCGCUUCGCCCAUCUAGAAGCGCGCCUCCUACGGCACAAAAUAUGGUUAGAAGGCGAGACCAAAAAAGCAAUCCAGGACCAAGGCACGAUAGCGCAACGUCGAAGAGAGUACAUUGAGUUCUUGCAUCACCAAGUCGAGGCGAACGACAGCAAUGAGCUCGUGGAGCAGAGGAUGGCGAAACGAAUGAGGCGGGUCGACAAGGUCAAAGCGUGGCUUUCGAAUUGUUGCGCUUAUCGAGACGUGUAUGAACAUCGCCUACUCCAACGACAUCCGAAUUCCUGCACUUGGUUUCUUAAGAGCUCGAAGUAUUGCACAUGGAAGCAUUCCCCCUUUGAGCAAGCUUCGGCAAAUGAUGCCGAAGAGCUGGAAAGAAGUUGGCAUGAUAGGGUUCUGUUCGUUCAAGGUGAGCUCAAAUCUCCCCCUCGGUCUCUUCCACCACUGGUACCUGCUGCUCCCUCGACAGCAUUCUUCCACUUCAACGCAGCACACUCAUACUGCAUUCAUCCUAACGACGCAUUUCGAGCCCUGGCAUAUCAACUAGUACAUACCCACCGACACGAUCGCGCUACCCUAGAUGCAAUAUCUAUCCUAAUGCGCAAGACGCCUACCCACGGAAAGGCAUCUUCGGACGACAUCCUGGCAGUUUUGUCCCUCCUUCUACGGCAACAUCCGACAUUCCUUGUUAUCGACGGCAUCGAUGAGUGUAGCGACAGCGAGCUCUUUCUUCACUCUUUGCCAGAAGUCUGCCGAAGAUCGGACGCACGAGUUAUCCUUCUCAGCAGACCAGACAUCGAUAUUCCUCUCGAGUAUCAGAAAUGGGCGUCAGAUGCACCGCAUAUCCUCAGCUUAAGUGCGGAACUCAAUAAAGAAGACAUUGAGUCCUACCUUACGGAGAACCUAAAUCGAAUGGCUGAUCAGGGAUACUUCGGGAUCUCCAUGGAUCGAUCGCUUAUUCCUCAAAUAGCCAGCAGAUCAAAUGGCAUGUUUCUGUGGGCCAGUCUGCUGCUAAGAUAUCUUCAGUCGCCCGGACUAUCACCGAACGAACGCCACACCGUCCUUGAACAGGCUCACCAACUAGAAGGCCUAGGGUCCCUAUACCGCCAUAUCCUUGCCAUGCUUGACCUACGGCCCCAAAAGGAAAGGCAGGUAGUGGCCAACAUCUUUCGUUGGCUGUCGUUAUCAAUCCACCGAUUAGAUAUACCGACACUGCAAACUGCCUUGGCUGUCAAUCCUGGCAAGCUCACCACAGAAUCGAGCUACGUCUCCAACUUUGCCGACUCAAUACCUCGGCUUACGUGCGGCUUGGUCGAAGUUACAGCCAGCCGCGUCGUGUUCUCGCACAGGUCAGCGAGGGAAUAUCUGGAAUCGCCGGAUUUCCAGGAUUCAGAGUUCAGCUUGUUCGACGACAGUAUCCCACACGCGCAUCUCGCCGCGCGAUGCCUAUCCUAUCUCGCAAACGACGUCCCCAAACGACCCUUGGCUAGAUUGCCCCUUCACACCCGACCUACACCAAUAUCCUUCGCGACGAGCAGUGGGAUUAGUAUGAGGACGAGCAAGUCAGGCGACAGUGGAUACAAGUCCAUGUCCUCAGCAUCUGACUCUGAAGGGUUUCCGACUUACGCAUCCGCGUCUACAUCCUCAGCAAACACACCUCAACUCCCACUAGCGGCGGCAUUUGACGCGGAGUUGCCAUUUCUUCGAUAUGCUAGCCUUUGCUGGCCAAUACACCUCACGCGCGCCCUAUCGAACUUCACAUGCCGUCCCCGCGCGGCUACCAGACAAACAUCUGAUCAGUUCGAGCAAACCCCGUGGCUCCCCUCCCUCUCGGCCUUCCUUACAGACCGCGGAGCUGUAACUACGUGGAUCGAAGCAUCCUGGCGUUACAAUCUCCCGCCAAAUCUCUCACGCCUUGUCCCACUUCUCGAUGCACUCAAGAAUCAGAUCCCACCGGCGACGGUAGAGGGAAGAGAGCUGAGAUGGGUGGUGCAUGGGGUGAGGGAGCUCAGUGAAGCGUUGAAUGAGUUGAAAGAGGAGUACGGGACGACUCUAAGGGAGAAUCCGGACUUGAUCUGGCAAUGGAGGGGAGCGAGCGAAGUCUGGAGGCAAGCGAAUGGCGUUUGUGGUCACGGUGGGGGCGUAGUAAGGAGAAUUCUGGCCGCUUCGGGAUGA